AUGUGGGAUGAAGGACUUUGCAUUUCCUCAAGCAAAGUCCUUCGUCAGUUCCAUUACAUCGAUCUAAAGUUGAACUGGUUGGAUGCUCAGCAUUAUUGCAGAGAGAAAUACGACGACCUGGCUACCAUCCAAAGCAUGGAGGACAUAAUCCAGCUGAAAAACCAAGUUCAAGUUUCUGCAUGGAUAGCUGCAUGGAUCGGACUUAGAGAUGACCCAAAUUCUUGGUUCAAAGUCAUGGGCAUUGACGCCAAUUCCUGGAGAUGGUCGGUAACCGAGACGGGAGGAUUGAAAACCUACGUGCACAUCUCAACCCCGCUAUCAUGGCCCGAUGCUCGUGACUACUGCAGAGAAAACUACAAGGACCUGGCUCUGAUUGAGAGCGAAGAUGAAAACACAAAUGCUUACCAAGCAAAAAACUCCUCAUCUACUGCUUGGAUUGGUCUGUACAGAGUGCCAUGGACUUGGUCUGAUAACAGCAGCAGCUCAUUCACAAAUUGGCGUGGUGGAGAACCAAAUGAUCCAGAAUUUAAGUCUGUGAUAAGGAUGGAAUUAAGGACUGCCGCUGACUUGACGGAUCCAGCUAUCAACGCAAAGCUUCUGGCUCAG